AUGAAGACACUUGGCAUUUCACCUGAGGAAAAAUUUGUUAUUACAACAACAAGUAGGAAAGAAAUUACCAGUGAUAAUUUUGAUGAAACUGUUAAAGAUGGAGUUACUCUAUACCUGCUACAGUCAGUCGACCAGUUACUACUAACGGCUACAAAAGAAAGAAUUGAAUUCCUACCUCACUAUGACACACUGGUUAAAAGUGGCAUGUAUGAGUAUUAUGCAAGUGAAGGACAAAAUCCUUUGCCAUUUGCUCUUGCAGAAUUAAUUGACAAUUCAUUGUCUGCUACUUCUCGUAACACUGGGAUUAGAAAAAUACAGAUCAAAUUGCAUUUUGAUGAAACACAAGGAAAACCUGCUGUUGCAGUGAUAGAUAAUGGAAGAGGAAUGACCUCUAAACAGCUUAAUAACUGGGCUGUGUAUAGGCUGUCCAAGUUUACAAGGCAAGGAGAUUUUGAAAGUGAUCAUUCAGGAUAUGUUCGACCAGUACCAGUGCCACGCAGUUUAAAUAGUGAUAUUUCCUAUUUUGGUGUUGGGGGCAAGCAGGCUGUUUUCUUUGUUGGACAAUCAGCCAGAAUGAUAAGCAAACCUGCAGACUCCCAAGAUGUUCAUGAGCUUUUGCUUUCUAAAGAAGAUUUUGAGAAGAAGGAGAAAAAUAAAGAGUCAAUAUAUAGUGGAUUUAUUAGAAACAGAAAGCCAUGUGACUCUGUUCAUAUUACAAAUGAUGAUGAAAGAUUUCUACAUUGCCUUAUCUCAGAGGAGAAGGAAAAAGUUAGCUUUACUGCUGUGGUUAUCACAGGAGUACAAUCAGAACACAUACCGUACUUGAAAAAUUAUUUCCAUCUUUGGACAAGACAGUUGGCGCAUAUUUAUCAUUACUAUAUUCAUGGCCCAAAAGGAAAUGAAAAACGUACAUCAAAAGAAGUUGGACCUUUCAACAACAUUGAUAUUGAAAUUUCUAUGUUUGAAAAAGGGAAGGCACCUAAGAUUGUCAACCUAAGGGAAAUACAAGAUGACAUGCAGACGUUGUAUAUAAACACAGCAACUGAUAGUUUUGAGUUCAAAGCUCACGUUGAAGGAGACGGUGUAGUGGAAGGGAUUAUCCGAUAUCACCCUUUCUUAUAUGAUAGAGAAACUUACCCUGAUGAUCCAUGCUUUCCAUCAAGUAUGUUAACCUGUUGUCUUAGCUACAAAAUUUUACAGGAGCAACGAGUGAAAAUUGACAGAGAAUUUUCUUUCUGGCUCAAAGACUGUCAUGAAAAGUAUGACAAACAAAUAAAAUUUACACUUUUUAAAGGAAUAAUUACACGUUCUGAUCUUCCUUCUAAAAAGCAGGGCCCCUGGGCCACAUACUCAGCAAUAGAAUGGGAUGGAAAAAUAUACAAAGCAGGACAGAUGGUGAAGACAAUCAAGACACUUCCUCUUUUUUAUGGAAGCAUAGAAAAAUUUUUUCUUUAUGGUAAUCAUGAUGGAGAAGUAUAUGCUACUGGAGGAGAGGUUCAAAUUGCAAUGGAACCACGAGCACUGUAUGAUGAAACAAAAAUUGUGCCAAUUGCAAAACUGGAUAGGACCUUUGCUGAGAAAGCUGUAAAAAAAUAUGUAGAAGAUGAAAUGGCAAGGCUUCCUGAUAGAUUGUCAGUAACUUGGCCUGAAGGAGAUGAAUUAUUUCCAAAUGAAAUUAGGCCUGCUGGAACUACCAUUGGUGCAUUAAGGAUUGAAAUACUGAAUAAAAAAGGAGAAGCAAUGCAAAAGCUUCCAGGAACAGGUCAUGGAGGGUCAAAGAAACUACUGGUUGAGCUCAAAGUUAUAUUACACACUUCAAGUGGAAAUAAAGAAAUCAUUUCACAUAUUAGUCAACAUGGAGGAAAAUGGCCUUACUGGUUUAAAAAAAUGGAAAAUAUUCAAAAAUUGGGGAAUUAUACAUUAAAAUUACAAGUUGUAUUGAAUGAAAGUAAUGCAGACACUUAUGCUGGAAGACCACUACCAUGUAAAGCAAUUAAAUUUUCUGUUAAAGGUAAGCAAAAUAUUAAUUCAUAUUUAUAUGCUAAAGGUGGUAUUUUAAAUUUUUCCAGUGGUUUAUCUUUACAAUAUGAAGAAAUAACCAAGGGACCAAAUUGUAUAAUUCGAGGUGUUACAGCUAAGGGCUCUGUAAAUUCUUGUCAAGGCAAGAAUUUUAAUCUGAAGGUUAUUCUUCCGGGUUUUAAAGAAGACUCACAGAUUUUGAAAAUUAGAUUACUACCAGGUCCCCCUCAUCAAUUGAAAGUGAAACCUGAUUCUGAAUUUUUAGUUAUAGAAAAUGGAACAGCUUUCCCAUUUCAGGUAGAAGUUUUGGAUGAAUCAGACAAUAUAACAACACAACCAAAAUUGGUUGUUCAUUGUAAGUUUUUAGGUGCUCCUAAUCUUCCAGUCUACACUGUGGAUUGCAGUAGUUCUGGAACCAGUAUUUUAUCAGGACCUGCAAUUCAAGUUCAGAAUAUUAAGAAAGACCAGACGCUUAAAGCUAAAAUUGAAAUACCUAGUUGUAAAGAUGUGGCACCUGUGGAGAAAACGAUUAAGUUGCUUCCCAGUAGCCAUGUUGCAAGAUUACAGAUAUUCAGUGUGGAAGGACAAAAGGCAAUCCAGAUCAAACACCAAGAUGAGGUUAAUUGGAUAGCAGGCGAUGUUAUGCAUAAUCUUAUCUUUCAAAUGUAUGAUGAAGGAGAAAGAGAAAUCCAUGUAACAUCAACUUUAGCGGAGAAAAUUAAAGUUAAUUGGACUCCUGAGAUUAACAAAGAACACUUGCUGCAAGGUCUGCUUCCUGAUGUACAAGUACCAACAUCUGUAAAAGAUAUGCGCUAUUGCCAGGUUUCAUUUCAGGAUGAUCAUGUGUCUUUGGAAAGUGCAUUUACAGUAAGACCCCUACCUGAUGAACCUAAACAUCUAAAGUGUGAGUUGAAAGGAGCAAAAACAGUACAGAUGGGCCAAGAGCUUCAAGGGGAAAUAGUUGUAAUAGUUACAGAUCAGUAUGGAAAUCAGAUUCAAGCAUUUUCACCAAGUUCUUUAUCUGCCUUGGGAAUUGCUGGUAUUGGACUUGAUAGCUCACAGUUGAAAACUACCUUUCAGGAAAAUACACAGAGUAUAAGUGUAAGAGGCAUCAAAUUUAUUCCAGGUCCUCCUGGAAAUAAGGAUCUUUGUUUUACUUGGCGUGAGUUUUCUGACUUUAUUCGAGUACAGCUAGUUUCUGGACCACCAGCUAAACUUCUCCUUAUAGACUGGCCAGAAUUAAAGGAGUUUGUUCCAGUAAUUAAUGGAAAAGAAUUACAGCAUCCUCUCAUUGUUCAACUUUGUGAUCAGUGGGAUAAUCCAGCACCUGUACCACUGGUUAAAAUAAAUAUCAUAAAAGCUAACAAUUUAAAGCUCACGCCUUCAAACCAACAGUAUAAAACAGAUGAAAGGGGCAGGGCUAAUUUGGGAUUGUUCAGUGUUUAUGCUCCUAGAGGAAAACAUACUAUGCAGGUGAAAGCCAUCCAUAACAGGAAUACCAUAGAAGGACCUAUAAUUAAGUUAAUGAUUCUUCCAGACCCUGAAAAACCCAUUCGUCUCAAUGUUAAAUAUGACAAAGAUACUUUAUUUUUAGCAGGGGGUACUUUCACUGAUUUUAUGAUUACUGUUAUUUCUGAAGAUGAUAGCAUCAUUAAAAAUAUUAAUCCAGCACGUAUUACCAUGAAAAUGUGGAAGCACUCUAACAAUGGGAACCGACCACCAGCAAAUGCAGAAACAUUUAGUUGUAAUAAAAUAAAAGGUAAUGACAAGGAAGAUGGCUGCUUCUACUUCAGGGAUAAAGCAAUUCCUCAUAAAGUGGGGACAUACUGUAUCCAGUUUGGUUUUAUGAUGGAUAAAGCACUUAUUCUUAACAGUGAACAGAUUAUAAUUGAUGUUCAACCUAAUCAACCUAUGAAGUUAGUACCUAAAAUUCAGCCAGCCACACCAGCUGUUUCAAAUGUUCACUCAGUUGCCAAUAGGACCCUGGUCAAAGAUUUACAUCUUAUUAUCACGGAUGACUUCAACAAUCAGACUGGACUUGAUUUGGUUGGCACUGUAAUAGCUACCAUCAAAGGUUCUAAUGAGGAAGAUACUGAUACACCACUCUUUAUCGGGAAAGUUAGAACACUUGAAUUCCCUUUUGUAAAAGGUUCCGCUAACAUCACGAGUCUAGUGCUGGCAGAAAAUAGUCCUGGAAAGGAUAGUACUGAAUAUUUUAUUAAAUUUGAGCUUCAGCUACCAGAUUUAUCAAGAACAUUAGAAUCAUAUAGUCUACCAUUUAUGUUUUCUAAUGAUGUUAAGAAGCAGCAACAAAUGCUAGCAUUUGCAAAACAAAAGGAUGAAUUAUCUCAAUCUAUUGAAAUGUAUAGAACUGUAUUUGAAACCAGCAAACAGCUUAUUGAUGAAAUGAAGUGCCAAGUUGAAGUAGCAAAAUCAAAAGAGGCCCAGUUGCGAAAUGAACUAAAAACAAAUAAUAUUGACAUUCCUACAACACAACAGGUGCCACACAUUGAAGCACUUUUAAAAAGAAAGAUACUAGAACAAGAAGAACUAAAGAAAAAACCAAGAAGAUCAUGUACUCUUCCAAACUAUACUAAAAGCAGUGGAAAUAUUUUGGGAAAGAUUGCACACUUGGCACAAAUUGAAGAUGAUAAAGCUGCAAUGGUUAUUUCUUGGCAUCUGGCAAGUGAUAUGGAUUGUGUUGUAACCUUGACCACUGAUGCUGCACGUCGUAUCUAUGAUGAAACCCAAGGUCGUCAGCAAGUGUUACCACUUGAUUCUAUUUAUAAGAAGAAUCUUCCAGAUUGGAGAAGACCUCUGCCUCAUUAUCGAAAUGGAAAAUUAUAUUUUAGACCCAUUGGAGAUCCAGUCUUUGCCCGAGAUUUGUUAACAUUUCCUGAUAACAUAGAACAUUGUGAAACAGUAUUUGGUAUGCUAUUAGGAGACACCAUUAUUUUGGAUAAUUUGGAUGCUGCCAAUCAUUAUAGAAGAGAGGUUGUUAAAAUCACACACUGUCCUACACUGCUCACAAGAGAUGGAGAUCGCAUUCGAAGUAAUGGAAAGUUUGGGGGCCUUCAGAAUAAAGCUCCUCCAAUGGACAAACUUCGGGGAAUGGUAUUUGGAGCUCCAGUACCAAAGCAGUGCCUGGUCUUAGGGCAACAAAUAGAUCUUCUUCAACAGUAUCGUAAUGCUCUGGACAAGUUGAACAGUUUGACCAAGGAACUUAACAGUGAAUUAGAGUACCUGCAGUCUCCUGAAAUGAAAAAGAAAAAACAAGAACUUGAUGAACGAGAGAAAACUCUGAAACUAAUGGAGCAACACCUUCUAGGUGUGACUCCCACACGUAAGGGCAGUGAUUCAUUAGGUCAUCCAACAAAGGUUGAAAUGACAGAUUGUCCAAAUCCUCCUAAAAGAAUGAGAAGAGAAGUUACAAGACAAAAUAGGACUGUAAGCAAAACAAAUGUGUGAAAGGUGACAGAGAAGAGGGGACCUGUGGUCUCAGUGAGAAUGCCCUGCCUUGUGCAGCUCUGUUUCGGAAGACUAAGGAGGUGAUUUACCAGACUGAUUAUCUAUGGGGACAGUACAAGCACCUGGGCAUUCAUUUCCAUGUCUGUCCAGAAGCAACCAUUCAAUUUUAUGACUCUUACUGGAUGAUAUGGAUUAACUGUAAUUAUUCCAGUCAACAUGCCCUUUGAUUGUCAUUAUCUUGCAAAUGUGUCAGAGGAAAAUGUGCAAAUACGGCAGUGACUAAAACUGGCACAUAGCAUUGAUUAAUACUGAAGAAAAGUAUACGAACUAUUUUUCAAUAUGAUUACUAUGAAUUUGCCAGAACUAUUUCUUGGAAACAAACCUUUUUAUUACUUUUGUGUAAAUUUAUUUAACAAAACUGUUUUGUUGAUUGUAUCUAAGGAAAGUUCCAGAAGUUAGGUAUUUAAUUUUAAAUAUGUGAGGAAACUCUUAAUGAAGAAUUCAAAAUAAAAGAAGAAAAAGCACCAGGUAUCUGGGAAUUCAAAUGUUAAAAUACAUGAAAAAAAUAUUAACUACAUGAGUGAACUUGUGACAGCAGUAACAUUUUAAAUUUCUAAAGACUUUACCCUUGUAUAUAUAAAAUAGGCCGCAGCAGCAUCCAUUUUUAUAAGUAUUGUUUGAGUCUAUUAAUACUAGAUUAUAUAAUCUCAGCCUUAAUUCUACAUUUGCAUUAUUUUGUAAUUUUUAUUACUAUUUUUAAAGAGUUAAAGAAGUUGUACACUUCCAUAUCAAUGCAAUAAGGCCCUCCUAGAAAGUUGCUUCAAACACAUCUGAAUUGUGUAUUAAAGCUAACAUGUCAAUAUAUGUCUUUGUAUAAGUCCAGUUGUAUUGUUCUGUAAAGUUACUUUGUAAGGAAAUACUUUUGGUACAGUUUGGUGUCCCAGGAAAUGUGUAUUUUUAAUCCUUUCUAAAUACACAGUGAGGUUAAUAACUGGUGGUUUUCCUAUUGAGUAGAUUUCUUUUUUAAUUGAAAGCUUUCUAAAAGUUAUUACCUUGGUAAAGCUAUUACAAUGUUAACCUGUCUUUAUAAUUGGAAGUCAUUUAACUGUUUUGCUUAAGAGACCAAUAAAAUGACAAUAAUACAAUUA